AUGGAGUCACCUCCCCUCAAAGUCACAUUUUCUUUCAAGGCAGGACAAGGUGGUUCUGGCGAUCCAGAGCGUCGGGAGUUCUGGGACUCCCCUGAUACCAUCGAAUGGUUUAAGCUCCGAGGAUACACUCUGUACCAGCGUGGAUACGCUACCUAUUCGACGGGGGCAACAUUGCCAACGGACUCGUCGUAUCCUGUCUUCCCCCCGGAGUCCGACAGCGAAUUUGUUGAUGUCGAGUAUCCAUAUUCAUCGUAUGAUGUUAGGGUCAAUGUCUGGGAGGGUUUCCCACCUCAACCUCCCCUUGGCGCCUGUGAGACGACUGGAAAAGUUGUGUUUGCACAAGACACGCAUAAGCGACAUGUUGCGAUUAAAAUUGUGCAUGCUGACACGGACGAGUACCGUGUGCUACGAUUUUUGAACCAGCAGAACCUCGAGGUUUUGAAGAAGAGCUGCAUCCUUCCUGUCCUGGAAUUGCUACCCAAUGAUGGAUUCUGGUUUGCUGUUAUGCCGAGAUGGGGGCCGGAUCUUUUUCGUCCUUCCUUUACCUAUAUGUUCGAAAUCAUUGAGAUCAUGCAUUCAUGCUUGAAAGGAUUAAGCUAUCUUCACGAACAUAAUAUCGUUCACGGGGACAUCAGGUUUGAGAACGUGUUGUUAAGCCAUUUUUCCAACAUGUCAAAUGAAGAUUUCAACGAUAUAAAUGUAUGGUGUAAAGAGCGUCGAGAGAAUAGGGUAAUCCGAUACGCCCUUUGCGACUACGAUCUCUCGAUUAUGUUUCCGCCUACAGCGAAUAAAACGGAAUGCCGACUCCCCCAUUACGAAUCCUGGGGCACGUUCAAUCUAAGCUACGAUACAGCAGGUGGGGAGUACGACUAUGAUCCGUUUGCUUUGGAUGUGGGUGGGCUUGGUGUACAAUUUGCUCAGAAUUUCGGCCUUGCAGCAGCGAAGAUUCACUUUCUGGCACCAUUGAUCGAUAAGAUGACAACAUGGGAUAUCAGUCAACGAUUCACGGCAUCGGAGGCUCUCAUAUUUUUUGAAGAACGUCUAGCGGAAGUUCCAGAAGAGGAACUCCGUGAUUACAUCGGAGCUAUUAGCCCCCAUAAGGCCUAUUUAGAAUGGGACAUAUGGGCUCGUGUUCCUGCAGAAGUUGCAGAAGAUUGGAAAUCAUACAGGACCCCACCCAUCCCUUGGCAUCUACAAACAUUCCGCUUCUUGGACCGACACUUGUCAAGAUUGAACCCCUAUAUCCUCCCUAAGACCCGGUUCUACCUCUCGUGUCUGGCAUCUGUGUUUAAAACAGUUUACAGUUUUGUUUUCUCCUCAAAAAUUGCGAUUUAA